GCCAGAGGAGACAGCAGCUCCAGCGGUGACUGAACUAAACAAGGUCCGCGAAGAUUCCGUCAGAAAGAAAUGGACGUAAUGCUACUGCUAGGAAGAAUUGCACUUGUAUCUUUUAUCUGCCUCUUUUUUACGUCUUGUGGAUUGGCUUGCGGUCCCGGCAGAGGUUACGGAAAGCGGAGGCACCCAAAGAAACUAACCCCGUUGGCUUACAAGCAAUUUAUCCCAAACGUGGCUGAGAAGACUCUUGGGGCCAGUGGCAAAUACGAAGGCAAAAUCACAAGGAAUUCAGAGAGAUUUAAAGAACUCACGCCGAAUUACAAUCCCGACAUUAUCUUCAAGGAUGAAGAGAAUACAAAUGCUGACAGACUGAUGACACAGCGAUGUAAGGACAAGUUGAAUUCAUUGGCCAUUUCGGUCAUGAACCAGUGGCCUGGUGUGAAGCUGCGUGUGACAGAGGGCUGGGACGAGGAUGGCAAUCAUUUUGAAGAAUCUCUACACUAUGAGGGCCGGGCGGUGGACAUAACUACCUCUGACAGAGAUAAAAGCAAGUACGGGAUGCUGUCGAGACUCGCCGUGGAGGCUGGAUUCGACUGGGUCUAUUACGAAUCCAAAGCCCACAUACAUUGUUCCGUCAAAGCAGAAAAUUCGGUUGCUGCUAAAUCGGGUGGUUGCUUCCCUGGAUCUGGAGCGGUUACUCUUGAAGAUGGACGGACAAAAAAUGUCAAAGAUCUAACAGUAGGAGACAAAGUGCUAGCCGCGGAUGAGGAAGGAAAUAUUGUGUACAGUGACUUUAUUAUGUUUUUGGACCACGAUCCGACAACACAAAGGGAGUUUCUUGUCAUUGAAACAUCUGAGCCCGCCAAAAAACUGCGACUCACCGCCGCACACCUAGUGUUCGUCCGGAACUUGUCAGUUGACUCAGGUAUGACAGCAAAAUUUGCCAGCAGCGUGCAACCCGGUCACGAGGUAUUCGUACUUGAUGGCGCUCGCGGACAUCCGAAAAGCGUCAGAGUGGAGCGGAUUUAUACGGUAGAAUACACGGGGUCUUACGCACCGCUUACCGCACAUGGGACUAUAGUGGUCGACCAGGUGCUCGCCUCGUGCUACGCAGUUAUAGAGGAUCACCGGUGGGCGCAUUGGGCUUUCGCCCCAGUGAGGAUGAACCGCUGGCUGACGUCGUGGUCUCUCCCUACCCACGAUGCAAACGUCACUCUCCGGGAGGAUGGGAUCCACUGGUACUCCAAUUUGCUGUUCCACAUCGGCACGUGGUUGCUGGACCGAGACUCUUUCCAUCCGCUCGGGAUUUCAAGACCGAGCUGAGAUUACAGUAGAGGGACAUGUGACGUCAAUUUAAGUGACUAGAAUUUCUCUUUUUCUUUAAAAGAAGCCUUAACGUGUUCAUUGGAUAAUUUAUUUGCAUUUGGAUCAUUUGUCUACGGAAAUGUACAAAUGGAUUCAAGUAUUCUGUGACCAUUCACUGCGCAUUA